GGGGAGAAGGACCCGGCGCGCCGCGCAGCCCUUUAUAGGCGCAGCCCGAGGGGGUGGGGGGCGGCGGCGGCUCCCGGCCCAGAGGGGGGCGGCUCCCCCUAAAAGCCGCCGAAGGGAGCGAGCGCCAGUCACAGGGGAGGGACGGAGGGAGGGAGCAGCACCGCGCCGCCGCCCUGCGCGCUCCUAGCCCGGACUCGGCUCCGCUGCCGCUCGCGAUGCCCCUGCAGGGGCAGCUGCCCCGGGAUCCGGCUCCGCGCUCUCGGAUUAGCCGCUGCCGCCGCCCGCAAGCCGGCCCCGGGCGCUGAUCGGCGCCGCGCCAGGAGGGUUCGUCGCGUCCUUCUCAGCGGCACCGGCUCCAAGAUGCUCCGCAAAGGGGGUUCUGUGGAGCUGCUCCUGAUGCUGUUGGGACUUGAGAUUCACUUCACUGCUUGCUGCCCCAUUGACUGUGUAUGUUACCCAUCACCUAUGACUGUCAGCUGCCAAGCCCACAACUUUGCAUCAAUUCCAGAGGGGAUACCAGAAAACAGCGAGAGGAUUUUCCUCCAGAACAAUCAGAUCACAUUGCUUCUGCGAGGUCACUUUAGUCCAUCCAUGGUCACCUUGUGGAUCUAUUCCAACAACAUCACCUUCAUAGACCCAGACACCUUUGAUGGGUUUGUUAAUCUAGAAGAGCUGGAUUUGGGGGAUAAUCGCUAUUUAAGGGCUUUAGCAGCUGAGACCUUCCAAGGGCUGGUGAAGCUCCAUGCCUUGUACCUGUACAAAUGUGGGUUGAGCUCUUUACCCAGUGGGAUAUUUGGUGGCCUCCACAAUCUACAAUAUCUUUAUCUUCAAGAUAACCACAUAGAGUUCCUUCAGGAUGAUAUUUUUGUUGACCUGGUCAACCUCAGCCAUCUUUUUCUCCAUGGAAACAAGCUGUGGAGCCUUCAUCAGAACACAUUUAGGGGACUAAUAAACUUGGAUAGGUUACUCAUCCAUCAAAAUCAACUCCAGUGGGUCCACAGACGUGCUUUUCACGAUCUCCGAAGAUUGACCACCCUUUUUCUGUUCAAUAACAGCCUCUCUGAGCUCCAGGGGGAAUGCCUCGCCCACUUGGGAGCCCUGGAGUUUCUCAGGCUGAAUGGCAACCCUUGGAGCUGUGACUGCAAAUCCAGGUCACUCUGGGAUUGGUUGCGCAGAUUCAGAGGUUCAAGUUCCAGUGUGAUCUGUGAGUCUCCUGAGCAGAUGCAUGGCAAGGACUUAAAGGUGCUAAAAGCAGAGGAUUACAGGAACUGUUCUGGGUCUGAGUCCCUCCAUCAGAUCAAAACACACACUUUCUCCACAGCAGACAGAGGAGCCUCCAAAGACCACCACCCACACCACUCCUCCAAGGAGAAGGGUAAAGAGAGAGGGGUCGAGCACAGUUUACACAGCAGUCAACCAGCAGCACCUCCCGGUUCACGUCCAGGUUACAGAAAGCCCAGCAAGAACUGCACCAGCCACAAAAGCCGCAACCGAACCUCUAAGCCAGUGUCUCUGGGGCCACGGAAAAGCAUUCAUGAGGCUCAGGACUAUGUGCCUGACUACCAGCACAAAUUCAGCUUUGGCAUGAUGCCUACAGCACCACCCAAGCGGAAGGGUAAGUGCACCCGGCGGACACCCAUCAGACCCCCCAGUGGAGUACAGCAGGCAGCUGGGAGCUCGCUGAUCAGGGCCUCUCGGCUAGUUUUUAUAAUGGUUUUAGUGGUCAUAAUACGCUGAGCUGGCUGUGACUGAUAGUGUCUGUACUGCCACCAAUCUACAAAGGACCAGAGUUUCUUUUCUUCUUCUUUUUUCGUACAUGGAGGAUUUGGCCUUGUGAAGGAAAGAAUGUUGUUUAGGCUUUUGAUGGUCUCCAUACAUGGACGAGUGGAUUAUAAACAUGAACUGUACAGAAUGCGCACAGCAGGAGUGGAUUAAAGGCAUUAUCACAUGCUUGUCACAAACAGCCCCAACUGAGCACCUACAGAAAAGCCAACAUAACGAAAAAGGAGCUAAGCCUUCAUUAAUAACAACUGGACAAACAUGGACAGUAGCUGUGCUCUAUGUGAAAUCCUGUUAAUUUGAGAGAGCUCUGAAAGACCCUGUGAUUACUGAAGGGAACAUAAUUGCUGUAAAAAUGAUCACCAAUUAAGCCUACACCAUCUAUCUGAAACGGUGUGCAAAGACACUUACAAAAUGUAUAAUAAGGACAUUGGUUCUCCCACAUUUUAGCCCUUUUGGCUCCAAAUCCCACAGGCCAAAGCUGGCCAGAAUCCUCUUAGAAGACAAUCUCAAAUCCCUGUAUAUCUCAGGCACACAGCAGAACAGGGCUUGCCUGCUAGGCUAGGAGUAGCCAACUACCAAAGGAAAGACUGAUUAGAGGUGGAUAUUAAAACAAACGAAAUGAGAUUCCUACAGAAGGUGCGUUUUUUGUAACUGUGUUCACAUAUAAAAUAAACAAAUGCACAGGUUCCUUUCCCCUCAAUUAUCCAUAUGUAUGUCUUAUAAUGUUUAUAAACUAUAUGGAAACUAUAUCUUCAGAUGUAAGGAUUGUAUUGUUGAAUUUAUAGCAGAAGAACAGUAUAUGGUUUUCUCUAGAAAACAAUUGGCAGCAGUGCCUACAGAUGCCGGGUAGCCAUCCAUCAGGCUCAGCGAGUGCCGGGGGAACCACAGUGGACCAAUGUUCUUAGCAACUUAGAGCACUAGAUUUUGGGGGAUUUUUUGUAUGCGAUGUAACAAAGUCAAUAUCUGAAGAGCCAAAACUCACUCUUAUGACCUAAUUUCUAACCUGUCACAUGCCAGGAAGAAAGGGAUUAAUUAGAAGUGUUCAGACCAAACAUACACAGCUAUAGAGCUCUGUCUCCUAGAUAGCAUCGUGAGGCCAGGGCAGACGUUUCUAGCAAGAGCGAGAAGCAGUUCCCAACAGUGUUAGCCGUGUGAGGACCUUUAUAGCUGGUCUAAGGUUUUCACUCAAGUGGUGGAGUAGUGCAGGGACUCCAGGGAUAGUCCUGACAGCCUGGGAAGUGGAAGAUCUCAUGGGAGACUCAGAAAGGGGCUGCAAACGAUUAACUGGGAAUCUGAUAAGCGCCUGUAAGGAACAGAGUGCCCAGGACUUUCAUCCAUGAUAGAAAAAAAUGUAUAAGGCUGCCAUACAAAGGGAGUUGUGGAAGGCAGGGGUAGAAGAAGCAGGUCUGCCUGCCCAUCUAACCUCUAUCCUGACCCACUGGCAGUAAUCCUGAAGCUGGAGUGCUGGGGAAGGGGGUCGUGUGUUCUGGUCUGGUUCAGGCUGGUGUAUGGUGGAGAUGGUAGUGUUAUUGACCAGAGAUGAUGUCUAGAUGUAACACAAACAGUACACAUUAGUUCCCUGUCAGAGUGGAUAUGUGAGAAGAAAAACACUGAAGUUAAUGAAAAGAGGGAAAUAAAAUUAUCUUGGACAAGCAAA